AUGCAUCAUGAUCUUAAAACAAUAUCACAACUUGGCCCUUAUAACUUGAGUAAGAAUAUGCGAUUUUGUUUGAGCAUGCGUGAUAUUAUUUAUCGAUCUAAACAACUGCAUCUUUUGUUUAUAAGUUGUUUACUAAAUGUUUCUUCUUUUCUCCCAGUUGCUCGAACUGGAGAUCAAUUGGCUAAAGAUGUGUUUCAUGAUGCCGGUGUUCAAUUGGCUCAACAUGUCAGAGCUGCCUUAUAUUACUAUGUUAUGGAUUCAAUGUCUUCCAAUCAAAACUUAACAGUUGUUUGUUGUGGUUCAGUAUUCAAAAGUUGGGAUCUAAUCAGAGAUGGUUUUAAAGAUUUUCUGAAACCGUCUGAAGAUAGUAAAUGGACAGGGACUUUAGAAUUAGUUCAACUAAAGCAUAGUGCGGCUUAUGGUGCCGCUCGUCUUUCCGUUCACUUUGAUUCCAAAGUGACUAUCCCUAUAGACUCAGGUGUACAGUUUGAUAAAAUUUUGUUCGGUGUAAAUUUUUAA